UUUGCCGGCGUUAAGCGAGUUUCUCUGACUGUUACAAGUACACUAUACAAGUAAAAAAAAAUUUUGAAAAUCCGACCGUAAAAAUCAGUAAAGAAAAAGAUCACGACGAUGGAAAAGGCCGAAAAUGAAAAUACAAAAGCGGAAACUCAUCAUAGAAAUGGAAACGAUUCGUCAGACAGCGAAGAUAAAGAAAUGGUAAAAAGGAAAAGGAAAAAGCGCAACGAAGACUUGCACGAAUCAUCUCACAAAGAAGAUGACCCUAAGAAAAAACAUGUGCUAAGUGAUGAGAACUUUGAGAUCUAUUAUAGAAAUUUGCCUUCAUCAGAGUCAUACGAGAAAAGUUAUAUGCACCGAGAUGUGAUUACGCAUAUUAAGUUUACAAAAACAAAUUUCCUGAUUACUGCUAGUGUUGAUGGUGCCAUAAAAUUUUGGAAAAAAAUGGAACGCGGCAUCGAAUUUGUAAAGCAUUUCAAAGCCCACAUCGGCAUGAUAACAUCAAUAGCUUCAAAUUAUAACGGCAGCCUUUUGGCAUCAGCUGGAGUCGAUAAGGAUAUUAAAAUUUUUGACAUUCUGAGUUUUGAUAUGAUCAAUAUGAUAUCACUCAAUUACACUCCUGUAUGGCUUGAAUGGAAUCACGGGGGAAAAGAUUUACAACAUACAAUUGCAGUGUCAGACAAAAAUUCAUCACUUAUACGGAUUUAUGAUGGUAAAGGAUCAGAUGCGACUAUUGCUGAAUUGAAAAUACAUGCUAAACCAGUGACACUUAUUCAAUACAAUGCCACAUUUGAUGUUUCCAUAUCAGUGGACACAUCUGGUAUAAUUGAAUACUGGGCGGGAGCGAAGAAUGAUUACUUGUUUCCAAAAUGUGUAAAAUUCGAAUCAAAAUUGGACACCGAUCUUUACGAGUUCUUCAAACGGAAAACCUCCGUAACAAGUGUUUCAGUCAGCCCCAAUGGAAUUUAUUUUUCGACUACAUCCACUGACAGAAAGAUAAGAGUAUUUACCUUUUUGACUGGAAAAUUAUUUACUGAAAUAGAUGAAAGCUUACAUCAGUUAACAAGCCUACAACAGGAGGAACAACAGGUAUCUAAUAUGGAAUUCGGCCGAAGAAUGGCAAUUGAGCGAGAAUUGGAGAAAUCUGGAAAUCUGAAUUUCUGCAAUGUCAUAUUUGAUGAAAGUGGUUUUUUCAUAAUUUUCUGCACCAUGCUCGGCAUUCACGUUUACAACAUAAUGACAAAUAAUUGCAAAAGGAUAAUUGGCAAAUCUGAAAACUUCAGGCCCAUUCAGGUCGCCUUAUUUCAGGGUAAAAUUAAAAUAACGCAAGCAUCGUCUUCAUUCGAGUUGGAGGCUGCAGUCAACCCGACACUCCAGUCAGUAGCAACAGAUCCUGUAAUUUAUUCUACAGCGUAUAAGAAAAACAGAUUUUAUUGUUUUACUCACUUUGAGCCUCUGAGUAUUGACGGCGAGUCCGAUAGGGACAUUUUCAAUGAAAGACCAACAACAGAAGACGUCCUUGCAGCAACAGAGCCGACCGGCACAGCAUUGACAUGUGAAUCAGCAAUAAUUCAUACAACAUUUGGAGACAUUCAUAUAAAAUUGUUUAACGAAUGUUCACGCACUGUUGAGAAUUUCUAUGUCCACAGUAAAAAUGGUUACUAUAACGGUCACAUAUUUCAUCGCGUUAUAAAGGGGUUUAUGAUCCAGACCGGCGAUCCUACAGGUACUGGCUCCGGUGGUGAGAGUAUUUGGGGAGGAGAAUUCGAGGAUGAGUUUAAACCGAAUUUAAAACACGACCGUCCAUACACCGUCAGCAUGGCAAAUGCAGGUCCGAACACAAAUGGAAGUCAGUUUUUCAUAACUCUUGUACCAACCCCUUGGUUGGACAACAAACAUACUGUUUUCGGACGAGUUGUGAAAGGAAUGGAAAUUGUACAUAAUAUCAGCACGGCAAAAACAAAUCCCAAAACUGACAAGCCGUAUGAUGAAAUCUCUAUUAUAAAUAUCACACUGAAGUAGUUCCAUUAUGGUUCAGAAUUGUGUUAAUAUUCUGUGUGAAUAUGAAUUUGUAAUUACAUUAAAAGAAACAGGCAAAUACUUGAUUUGUAUUAAUAUUGUUGAUAUAAAUAAAAGUUUUGUUAAUGACAA